CCCGGCCGGCCGGUCUUUGGGCGGCGACCGUCGUGACCUCGGGUCGCGCGGCUGCCGGCCGGCGGGCGAGCAAGUGGCGAGCGGUGACACUCACCUGUGGAAUCAGUGACUGAACCAGUGCAGUGAGGCUACGAGGCUAAUUUUCUAUCGGUGCGCGCUGCGGCAGUGACCGGAGCGAUGGCCUCCAAUUGGCCACACGACGGGAACGACCCGCCGGAGGAGCCGGAGCCGGUCGAGAAUCUGGUGCGCCGGUUCGAGGAGGCCCUCCAGGAGCCGAACGAGUCUCUGGAGGCGUUCAUGACGCGUCUCCAGGCGCUGGCCAUGGCCGCCUUCUCCGACGAGCUGGCCCGCUCUCGGCGCCGGCGCGUGCUGUGGCGCUUCAUCGCCGGCCUCUGGGACCACGACCUGUCUGAGCGACUCAAGGAGUUCCGCUGGCGCGAGCACCACCCGUCGGGCCGGCCGGUGACCUGCGAGCAGCUGCUGCGGAUCGCCUCCUCCAUCCGGUACAGCCGGCCCGGAAUGUCCUACGGCGGCCUCUCCGGCUGGCGGCCCCAGGCGGUACUCUACCACUGCCCGAGGGUAGGCGAGGAAAGGGCCAGGGUGCGGCUCGGCCAGGCUGAACCGCUGCCGACCAUGCCCGGUAACCUGCGGGACGAGCCGGCAGAGUCCGACUCGGGGGAGAGCUACUGGUCUCCAGUUGCGCCGAGACCGGCCGCCGGCCAGCCGCCGACGGGACAGCUCGCUGUACCGCCCUCGGCCGACGGAGCCGGCCCGUCGGGAGUCCGUGCGGCGCAUCGAGAGCACCUGCAGCACUCCGGGCGGCCGGGGGAGCACGCCGGACCUAACGGGGUGAGCGGUCGGGCGGCGCGAGCUCCCGACAACCAGGCAGCCGGGCCGUCCUGCGGUGUCGAGGGCCCGAUCCCAGUGCCUCCGGCGCGCCGUCUAGCUGCUGUGUCCCCUCACUAUGAGACCAUUACCGUCACCGACGCGUCCCACAACUCGCUGCCGACUGGUGGCGAAGAUGACCCCGAUCAGGAGAUCGAUGUGACAGGUGAGGACAGCCCCGAACAGAAGCCGGUCGAGCCCGACUCGACACAGCCCCAGCCGCCGACCCCGACGGCCCGGCAGCAGCAGCAGGUCCGGCCUCGGCAGCAGCUGUCGGUCCGGUUUCAGCGCGAUCAGCAGCAGGGACAGUCUCGGCAGCAAAUGCAGCAGCAGGCCCUGGCUCAGCAGCAGCAGUUGGUUCGGGCUCAUCUGCAGCAGCAUCUGAUCCGGUCUCAGCAGCAACAGGCCCGGUUACAGCAGCAGCAGCAGCAACAGCAGCAGCAGCAAAUGCGGUUUCAGCACCAUCAACAGCAGCAUUGCCGACCUCAGCAUCAGCAGCAGCUGUCUCAGCAGCCAGGCAGGUUUCAGCAUCAUCAGCAGCAGGACCUGUCUCGUCAGCAGGAGCAGCAGCAGGUCCAAACACAACAGCAACAGAUGGACCGGUCUCAUCAGCAUCAUCAUCAGCAGCAGCAGCUGGUUCGGUCUCAGCAGCCGCCACUCCGACCUCAGCAACAGGAGCAGGUCCGAACACAGCCCCUGCCGCCGGCUGCCAUUCUCCAGCGGUCACAGCAGCAGCAGCAGCAGCAGUCGCAGGGCCAGUCUCAGCAACCGCUUCAGCCGCCGGAGGCGUCUCAGCGUCCUUCUCAGGCUAGCAGAGACCCUGAUCAGCAACUGCGGAUGAGGACGGAGCCAGUGUCACCGAUACCGCUGGACGACGACUUGUCGGCCGCAUACCUGGGCGCUUCGAGUCUCAUCAACUCUGCGAUCAUUCGACAUGUCCUGGAGUACCGAGAGGAGCAGCUCCAGCAGCUCCAGGAGGCCGAGGGGCUGAUGGCGCGCAGCUCCAGGGCGGCCCCGGACCGCCCCCGGUCGCCCCCGGUGCGCUCUCGGUCUCCGAUCGCUCGGCAUGACUCGCUGCGAGUGGAACACUCCAGCCCAGAGAUCCGCGGCCGGCGGCGCGCGGGGAAUGACAGCGAACGGACUCGGGAGGCUUCGGGCGAAACUCCGAUGGACCUGUCCAGCGGUCAUAGUCAGGCCGGAGGAUCAACGCAGCCGUCUGAAGCCCAAGGUCCGUCAUCCUCCCGCUCUGCUACUCUCUCACAGCUUCCGAGGCCACAGGCAACUAUUCUCCAGGCACGCCCUCUGCCUCAGACACGGGGCCAUGCUUCAGUUUUUCGAAAUCCAGUCUUAGUUUCUCACCAUCUCUCUCCAGUUCCUGAUAACUCCAAUAUGCUUAGUAGGAGAACUACCUCUCCUGCUAGAACCAGCAGCCUGCAGACCCACCAGCAGUCAGCAAUGGCGUCUCAUCACAAUCCUAUACCAGCCCGUAGAUCUAGCCAACCUCCUGUCAGGCAAAUGUCAGCCCAUCCGCCAGCCCCAAACCAGCUGCCAACCAGGAACCAGCCACCGCUCUCGGAGCGGCCCUCAGCCCCACGUCCGAUGCUAGUUCUACAGCAGCUGCAAGCCGCACUCCAGCCGCCGGUCCCGGACCAGAGACUACCAGUCACGGAUCAGUCGCCGGUCCCGGUCCCACCACCAGUACAAGACCAGCAGCCAGCCAAGGACCAGUCUCCAGCUAAGGACCAGUCUCCAGCUAAAAACCAGUCUCCAGCUAAGGACCAGCCACCAGUCAAGGACCAGCCACCAGCCAAGGACCAGCCGCCAGUCAAGGAUGAGUCGCCAGCUCAGGAACAGCCGGCAACCACGAACCAGCCACCAGCCCAGCAACAGCCAGCUGCUUCAGGCCCGGCCCAUCUUCAGACUUCUGAGCAGCAACGCCAGUCUGCAGUACCUACCGCGACUCGCUCCCAGGCUUCUGCUGCGGCUGCAGCUGGUCCUUCCCAGCCACCUGCACGGUACCAGGACCAGCCACGCGCGUCCGGCUCGGCCCCGCGUCGCCCAGUUCCGGACCAGGCCCUGUUCUCCCAGUAUGCCUCCCUGUCGUCUGUAGGCCGGGCGGUGGGACUGCCCCCGCUGCUGCGUCACCCGUUCUCCCAGCACCCGGACGCUCUCUCCAUAGACCCGGCACUGGUCGAGGGUCGUUUUCCGGCGCCGCUCUCGCCUCUCUCCCCGGUCGCCCAGGGGGUGAUGCCGUCGCCACAGACGCUCCGUCAGGUGGCGUCCGGACGUCCGCCACCAUCGGCCGCCUCUCCCGGAGCGUUCUCUGUGUUCCGGAGCUCGAGUCCGACGCCCAGUCGUCCGUCACCGCUGCUCCAGACCCUGGGCCUGUCGCCGCGUGGUGGAGGAGCCGGACAGCGACCCACGCUGCGUCACCAGCGCUCGGCCUCUCACGAGCCGGCCUCUCAGCUCAUCCACCUCCCGAGCCCGUCCCAGCCGUCACACUCUACUGAAGCUGCGCAUCCUCGGCAGGCUCAGGGAACGAUCCCGGGAACUGCGUCUGCACCGGGCGGCGCGGACCCGCGGCCGGCGUCUGCCGAAGAGUCGGCCGGGCCAGCACCGACUCUGGGCGACUACGAGUCUGACUCGUCCAGCCGCAGUCGGCGGAGACUCUCCCGUAGCCGGAGGGACCGGCGCCGCCAGCAGCGUCUGGCCAGAGACGAGAAACUCCGGCGGAUUGCCGGCAACGGGGCUGAUCGGGAGGACGGCGCCGCCCCGGCGGCCGCAGCCCCCGACGCGUGGAUGGACUACAGGCGAGACGCUGACAGCGAUUAACGGAUGACUCUAUGCAUUCCGACGUGCUUUGGAUUUGGACAUGUUAUGACGACCAUUGUAGUGCUUUUUUAUCACUGUUGAUAACAAUAUCUGGCGUCUUUUGCCUCUGUCUUUUAAUCACUCGACGUUUCAGUAGCUAACUGCAUCUGUUUUCUACCGGUCAUGUAGAUAUCAUAGACUGCUAUUACUUUUUUAUUAGAUGUGUAGAUUUUACAUCACGCUAAAUCGGCAAUAACUUGUUUUGCAUCUUUUGGAAUAAAUGUGACCAAGAA